AUGAAGGCCGAAGAGUCUCUCCAGAACACGGACAACAGCAUGAAGGAAAUGGAGCCCUCGGCGGAAGCCAAUCCAGUCACUCCCGCCACAGAGGGCGCCUUCAGCUCCAAGUGCGGCAAGUGCGCCCUCAACAACCUCCUCGGUCGCAAGGAGAUCACCGAUGAAAUGCUCGACCAGAUCUGCACGAAGUUCGAGAAGGAGGUGAAGCAGGACUACCGCCAUGCGCUGGGAGGAGACUACGACAUCAACGUCCUCAUGGACGCGCUCAAGGUCUUCGGGAAGGAGUGCAGGUGGCUCAGUGGCAGCAAGAUAGCCAUUUGCAGGGAGGGCGAGCUGGAAAAACCGGAAAGAGUAGGCUACCUCAUCAAUAGGGCGCUCAAGCCUAGCAUUUUCAAGUCGAUGGUGGGCCUCAGCGAUAGGCACUGGAUCGCUGUUAGGAACUACGAGGGACAGUACUACCUCUUCGAUUCAAAAUCCUAG